GCGGAACUCAUCUUGAGUGUAGGGAUGUCAGCCGGCGGGAUUUAAAGACGGCUUCAGUUCCGGCGCCACCGGAAGCAAUUAGAAGAUGGCGUCCUCUUCACUGAGCGGGUCGGCUGCUGCCGGUGGGAAAAGUGAGUUUCGUAACCAGAAGCGGAAGCCAGAGAACCCAGAUGAAUCAGAGCUCCUCACUGUUCCUGAUGGUUGGAAGGAACCAGCUUUCUCCAAAGAGGACAACCCCAGAGGACUCCUGGAAGAGAGCAGUUUUGCAACUUUGUUCCCCAAAUACAGAGAAGCUUACUUGAAAGAAUGUUGGCCUUUGGUGCAGAAAGCCUUGAAUGAACAUCAUGUUAAGGCAACCCUGGACCUGAUCGAAGGUAGCAUGACCGUCUGCACUACAAAGAAGACUUUUGAUCCAUAUAUCAUCAUUAGGGCCAGAGAUCUAAUAAAACUGUUAGCAAGGAGUGUUUCGUUUGAACAGGCUGUACGAAUUCUUCAGGAUGAUGUUGCUUGUGACAUCAUUAAAAUAGGUUCUUUAGUAAGAAAUAAAGAAAGAUUUGUAAAAAGAAGACAGCGGCUUAUUGGUCCCAAAGGAUCUACAUUGAAGGCAUUGGAACUCUUAACAAACUGUUACAUUAUGGUUCAGGGAAAUACAGUUUCAGCUAUUGGACCUUUUAGUGGUUUAAAAGAGGUACGGAAAGUAGUCCUAGAUACUAUGAAGAACAUUCAUCCAAUUUAUAACAUUAAAACCUUAAUGAUUAAACGAGAGCUGGCAAAAGAUUCUGAAUUACGAACACAAAGUUGGGAAAGAUUUUUGCCACAGUUUAAACACAAAAAUGUGAACAAACGCAAGGAACCAAAGAAGAAAACUGUUAAGAAAGAGUAUACACCAUUCCCACCUCCACAGCCAGAAAGUCAGAUUGAUAAGGAAUUGGCCAGUGGUGAGUACUUUUUGAAGGCAAGUCAGAAGAAGCGACAGAAAAUGGAAGCAAUAAAGGCUAAACAAGCAGAAGCUCUCAGUAAAAGACAAGAAGAAAGAAAUAAAGCUUUUAUUCCACCAAAAGAAAAACCAGUUGUGAAACCUAAGGAAGCUUCUACUGAAACUAAAAUUGAUGUGGCUGCUAUCAAGGAAAAAGUUAAGAAAGCCAAGAACAAGAAAUUGGGAGCACUUACAGCUGAAGAAGUUAAGCUUAAAAUGGAAGCAGAUGAAAAGAAAAAGAAAAAAAAGUAACAUGUAAAAAAAAAACUGAACUAAAACUUAUGUCAUUAUCUCCUUUUGUAAAGGAUUUUGAGAAUCUAAGGUAUUAAUCGC